CAGUGUUAUUGUAUCGUUCACAUUGGAAAGUCAAAGUGCGCGGAUAACUUGAAUAACGUAUCCGUCAGAACGUGUGAACACCUGCAACCGGGUGAAUGCAACAUUAAUAAUUGUGGUGGGCCGUCGCAUGGCUAAAUAUGAAAAUACAAAAAUUAGAAAAAAAAAAAAUUAAUUAUUGAAAAUAUUUUCAAUUAAAAUUGAAAAAAAUAUAUAAAAAAAUAAGUGGAAAAAUAACGAAUUUCAUUAACGAAAUAAACCCAAAAUAUAUCUGUGGGUGUUCAACAUUUGAGAAAAAUAUUCAAAUAUAAACACAAUAGUUUACUCUCAAUUGGGAUUACUUGAAAUAUUUUGCAGCAACAACAAAAUUACAUUGCUGCGGCAAAACAAGUAAAAAAUAAACUGGAAAAACUGUUGGCCACGCAAGUGAUCUUCUGAUUAUAACAACGACCAUGGCUUUGGGACCAAUAAAUAUUACAAGGCACAAGAAACGAUUUAACCCAUCUAGAUCAAUUUCCAUAUUUUUCGAUAUGGCAUUAACAGCUGCAGUUGCAAUUACUGUUUGCCUCGUCUUGGUGACAAGUGUCAGCGCCGAAGAAUGCGGCCAAGAGGAAUUCACCAAAUGUGCUGAACCUUUAGAGAUGUUGCAUUUAACAUCAGAAUUUUCUAUUGGUGCUGCCAAAAAAGAGGAACUGGAUAAACUUUGUGUGGAACUACGCAAAGGAGUCCGUUGCAUACAGAGCUAUACACGCCGCUGCAUGGAUCUGCAGCAACGCAAUCAAUUCAACAAAUUGUAUCAUGGCACUAAUCAAUUCAUACGGGAUCUGUGUAACAAGGGCGAAUUUCAAGAUGAAUACCUGAAACAUGCACCAUGCUCACAAAAGGCUAAAAGGGAAUUCGAAGUAUGUGCCAAUCGUUAUAAGGAAACAAUGCUAUUCCUGAAGCCUAACAACAAUCAGGAAAACCAUGAAAAUAUCACCCUCAGUGAGAACAUUAAAACGAUAUGCUGCUCCAUCAAUGAACUUGUCGACUGUUCCGAAAAUGCUGCUAAAAAGAUAUGUGGGCCUGAUGCUGCAAAAUUUACACGUGAAUUAGUCGAUAAAUACGCCAACAGCUUAACCAGGAUUUACUGCGAAGAUUUUACACGACAUCCGGGAAUUUGUCGCAACGGCGAUGGCGAUGCUGGGACAGCUUUACACAGUUCUUGGCAACAGAUAAUGUUGCUAAUGGCGGCACUCUUCUGCCUGGUGACCUAUCAACAGAACCAAUGGCUACAAAGAUAGAUGGCAUUGCAUAUUUCUUUAUAUCAUCAGUUAAGUUAGUUGCAACAGGAGUAGUAGUUUUUAAAAAAAACCAAAACAACAACCACAACAAAAGCAAAAACACAAGUGCGAUGGGUUUUUUUCGGACGAAAUAAAAGUUGUUUUGAGGAAGACAGACCCCCCACCACCAACAACAACCAGCCACACCAUGAACACCAAAAUAAUAGUGACGAUGAUGAAGAAACCCAAUUCUGCCACUACCUCGACACCAACCACAUGGCACUGACCCAAAGAAAAAAAUAAACAGAAAAAACAAAGAAAAUAGCAGCAACAUCAACAAAAUUUAAUACAACAACAACAACGUCGUAUGAAGGACCAACUCUUCGAAAUACAGUGCGGUAAUAUUUUGAGCCUGAAUGAUAAUUGUGUAGCAAAUGGCCAAAGCCAAAUUUUCACCAUUCAUGGUAUUCCCAUAAAAAAUGGAUCUCUUUCUUACUUUCUGCUUAUUUAUUUUGCUUUGUUUCCUUUUGUAAAUUUUCGUUUCUUAUUCUUAUUCUUCUUCUUAUUUUUAAUUUUAUUAUUAAUCAAUAAAUGUUAUGUUAUUAUUUAUUAAAAAAUAGUCAUAUGUUCAUCAUUUAAUCGUUAGAUGGUCCAAUGUAUUUGGAAGUGUCAUAAGAGUCCUUCAAAGGGUUUAAAAUUGAGAAGGCGAAAAAUAAAUUAUUUUUUCUUGAUUUUAAUUUCCCGGAAUAUCUACAGAAAAUAAUAAUUUUGAAUUUGUACUUUUCAAAAUCAAAUGAAAUUUGAGAUACACCAAAUAUUAAGAAACCAGAGUUCGGCAAGCAGUACACAUCAAAUACAUGAGAGCGUGGUUUCUUCAACUAAUGUACAUGUCGGAGUGACUCUUGAUCCCUCGACUAACAUAAUUUCUGAUAUAAAUGAGUAAAAAUGUUAUUAACUCAGACCGGACCCAAUUGUUACUACACUUCACUGUUUGGGAAGUUACAAAAUAGUAUUUGAGCGGUUUAUUUUAUAUUUGUUAUUAGAAACUUGCGAUACCCAAUUUCAAAAAUUUUCUCUAGAACAAGUUAGAGAGUUCAGUAGGUGUUCCGACAGAUACAUACCCUCAUCAUACCCCUCUUUGGGAGAUCUCUUCAUAUUCGAUCUAAUAUUAGUAGAAGUAUUGGGAUGUGUGGUCUGGGGAAUAAUUUCGUAUUUUAUGAGAGAUUUGAUCUUUAGAAAUGUUAACCCUUUAAUGCAGAGGAGUGGACACAUAUUUUAUUGGAAUAGCGACGCUUAAAGGACAUCUAUUACAAAUGACACAUUAAAUAAGAAAUAUGAGGUUUUGGAAAUUGAUUUCCUAAUUUUUGAGGCAGUAAUUACAAAGAAAUAUUUAUCUAUGUAUCAAGUUUAACCUACAUCGGUGUCUUCCUUCGCUCUGUAUGAGGUUCUGAUAUAUAUUUUUUGCAACAUUUGUGAACCUUUGUCGGGGAGAGAGGGGAAGUAAGAGUAAGACGAUAUUGCCCAUCUCCGAACUCGAUCUAAAUCUGUUAAAAAUUAAAUCAGGUACUCCUUUCAAAUGUUCCCAUGUACGAAGGUAGAUAGAGACAAACAUUUUCACCAUAUCAAUAGUUGUAUGACUGAGAAAAUAUGAAAAUAUGGCUGAUAUUAUCAAAAUAUCAAAUUUCACGAAAUGUAGAUCUGAUUAGACAAUUUUUAUACCAGCGGGGAUAAUACAUAUACGAACUUAACUUCAUAUAGUCUAAAUAUCGACUUAUGGAAGUUUCCUCUAUAUAGAAGCUAUUCUAGAGAACUGUAUGCCAGAGAAAACGUGAAAAUUGCACCUGCAUAGCCAUUCAUCAAAUAGAAAAUUUCGAGAGAAUCCCAUUAGAAUUCGUCAAAAUCUGGACUUUCAGAAGAUUACUUUAUAUGGGGGCUAUAUGACAAAGAGGACAUUUUUCCAAAUACCAACUUUGAGAAAAAUUCGUUGAAAAAUGUGUCUUUCGCUUUUCAAGCUUGGAGCUGUAUUUUGGAAACUUCAAAAAAAGUACAUUGUCUACGUACUGUUAUAUGGAAACUAUUCGAAAACGUAAACCUACAUAGACAACUAUUAGCCAGAAAACAUGGAACCUAUAGCAGGCUCCAAAUAUCAACUUUGAGAAAACUUGGUUAAAAAAAUAUUACUUAUGUCGUCAAAAUCUCAAGGAGUGUGGACAAUUAUAUGCCAUAUAAAGUCGUACCACAUGCGGACAGCAAAUACCAACUGUAAAAAAAUUAAGCUGUGAAAUUUCUCUAAAUUGUCUAAAUACAAAAUAGUAGGGACCUCCAUUCUUUAUGACCUAUACCACAUUUUGGACCCAUAUGGGCAGUUCGCAAUUCAAAUAAAAGUUAUCCCAACUAAAACACAUUUUUUAUAAUUUUAAAUAAAACACAGAUAUUUUGUUGUUGCAAAAUGGUCAGGCUUAAUUAUUGUUGUUUUUAUAAAAGCAACGUUCGUUUAUUAGUGGAGAACGAUGGUAAUGUUUACCAGGGGGUAAGGCACGGAUAUUUAAAGAUAAAUCGAGAUAUGUAUGGAGGUUAUGUAUGGAAUGAGAUAUCGUGCAGAUGGCUGCCGUGGCGGAUCGCGAUCUUUUAAUGAUUAUUUUAGCCACAUUUUCAUUAUAAUGGUUUACAAUUUGCAUUUGAAGUACGUAAUAGGUAUCAUCGCUUCUUGUGGUGAAUGAUCAAUUUUAGUCCAGGUUUUGUAUAUCCCUUCUAUAUUGAUACCUUCCUACACAUUUUCAUUCGUAUUUAUUUAAAAUUCGGUUUUUGAAAUUCGUAAUGGUGUCUACAUCCGAUGGCAGAACAUUGUUGAAUUCAAAAAGAUUAAUAUUUCCUAUUUAAAUUUGAAGACUUUAAGUGCAUUAUCUAAUCAUUUAUUGAUAAUGGUUAUUUUUUCCAUUGCGAGGUGUAUUAAAAGCUCAUCCGGAACUUAAGGUUUUUUUACAUGUUUUUCUUUGUCUUUUUUCCGACAAUAAAUCUCGAACUUACAAUUUUCAGUUUUUAUUCGGAUACCCAUACUCUUUGCUGAAGUUACUCAUUACUUGGCAAUGAGGAAAAUAGGAUAUUUUUUUAUUAUACCCUCAUCCAUAUGGCUAGAUCGGGUAUAUAUAAUUUGAUACGGCUAAAACGUACCUCAUCGAAAUAACUGUUUUCGACCCUAGGUCUCUUAAGUCAAAAUCCGUUUCAGGACAUUUGGAGUCGAUCUACCGACGUCCGUCCGUUCGUCUGUCUGUCUCGCUGCCGGGUGUGCAUAACUCUCCACCAGAAGGAAUCGUCCGAUCUCUACCGUUUUUUUUAACAGAUCCUGUGUUGAUAGAAAUAUUCAGAUGUGCCAAGUCUAAAUGGAAUCUGAGGUUAAUUUCGCGUUUUAUGAGCUUAACGGAAUUUCAAAAUUUCGACCUUAUGUGGGGGAGGCAACAGAAGGAGAGAACCGAUAUAUUCCAUCUUAGCAUCAGAUCUUGGGUUUAUUGAAAAUAUUGGGAUGUGUGAAAUUUUAAGACAAUCGGAUUCUUACAUCACAAAAAUAUUAAGAUGUACCAAGUUUGGACCAAAUCGGAUACUCUCUUCGAGAGUUAUCAUGCGCACCAGCCAGACAGACAGACGGGCGGACGGACGGACAUCGCUAGAUCGACUCCAAAUGUUCUGAAACGUAUUUGGUUCAAAGAGACCUAGGGUCUAAAACCGUUAUUUCAACUAGGCUCGUUUUGACCGUAUCAAAUGAUAUAUACCCACUGUAGGCAUAUGGCUGAUGGUAUAAAAAUUAUUUUACUGCAUAUACAAUGAAACAAGUAGUUUUUUUACAUGGCCAUAUCAUGGAUUGUUGUUGACGUUUAGUCAAACGAAUAAUGGUCCGAAGUUUAUUCCACGUUUUAAAUACUUAUUAUUUGAGACUUUUCAGUCUUAUAAAUAUUUUUAUAUGGGGCUUCGAAAAAAAUUAGCUAAUCUCUCUUCGGACUCGGCAUUUAAUGGAUGGGCCUAAAUAACCUAACUCUCACAAUGGACUUUCAGUUUUUAUUCAUUUUUUAGCUAUUUUACAUUUAGUGUACCUUGAGAUCCGAUAUAUUUCUCUAUCUGUGUUAUAUCCGCUAUUUUCUUAAGAGAGGAAAAAAAUUGCGAUUUUUAUUUUGAAUCUUUCCGGUUUAAUUAGAAAGCAACACAUUUUCCGCCAGUAAUUCACCUCACUCCAUCUAUUUCUAUGCCAUAUCUACUGGAAAUUGAAGAAUGGAUUAAAUGUAUUAAUUGAAUUAUGGAUAUGAGUUGUUAAAUUUGACUUCAUUUGCUAAGCAAAUAAGCAGAAUUUAAACAUUUAGUAAACCCCCAACUAUGAAAACAUAGCACACACACAUACACAGAUCCACAUUGUUCGAACAAUGAAAACAAAACGCAAAAACACAGACACACACAACCACAAACAAAAUUUAGUUUUGCAAACAAUGGAAUUUUAAACACUAUCUCUGGACACAAUGACGGAUAAAAUUACAAAAGUAUAAAACAUAAUAAAGGGUAUACAAGCAAAUGUUCAUAUUUAGAAUUGUAAAUGAAAAUUUAUUUAAUAGAUUAACAAAAGAAAAAUUAAAAAAGACAACGUAAUAACAACAAACAUGAAAAUCGCACAAAAUUUAGUAGUUUUGAAUAUAUUUGAGUUCAAAAAAAAAAAAAAAACAAAGAGAAAGAGAAAGAAAAAAGGAAUUUCUAAGAGAAAUCAAUGGAAUUAUUUAUUCACAAAAAAGGAAUUAAAAAGAAAAAUAAAUAAACAACAAACAAUUUUAAUAAUAAUUAUAAUAAAAAGCCAUUACAUAUCUGUAAAUUGAAUUUAUUGUUAUAAAGACUAUUGUUAUAUGUUUAUUAUUUGUGUACUGUAUAUUUUAUAAGCAAUUAGUUUGUUUUUAGACUUUUUGAAAAUGUUUUACAGGUGUUGUGGGUAGCGAAGUAAUUAAAACUGGUUUAUUUUAUCAAAACACUGUGCCGGUUUUACCAUAAAUCAUAAUUUGCCAAUAAUCAAAUUUAUAAGCGCAAUAAUUGCAAUGAAUACAAAUUUCAUAGAGUUUUGUUAAAUACUAUUUAUUAUUGUAUUUGUUGCAUUUAUUGUCCAUGGUGUCUGCAUGUGUGAGUCGACAAAUAUUUUAGUGGGAAUUAAAUUAUGAAAAUCCCUUGGCUUUGUGGUUUGUAUUAUAUGUAUUAGAAUAUUUUGAGUAAUUAUUAAAUGUACGUAUAUAUUAGUAAUGAUAAAUAUAUGUAGUCGGGUUUGCUUUCGAAUCGAAUAUGGUGUAAAUGUUUUAAGAAAUUGUAGGCAAAAGACACCAAUCUUAAUGCAGGUCAUGUGGUAUUAAAUCACAGCAUUUUUUUUUUUCAAAUUUUAGCUAAUAUUAGCAGCUUCCAAACCAUUUUUCAUCUGCUUAUAAAAACUCCCAAAAAUAACCCCAUUAUCCCAUUAAUAAUUGACGUUCAUAACUAAUUUUUUGCACUAUCAAGUCGAACUAAAAAUUGGAUCUUGGACAUGGUUACAAAAAUUGAGAAUAAUCCCAAAUUUACAGCAGAAACCCAACAAACAUUUGGGAGCCGUAUAAACCGAAUAACCCACUACAAGGUAAUAUAAACAACAACUUCUGUAUUACCAGUAGUUUGAAAAUAACACUGUGCAACACAAACAUAAUUACAAGGAAACCAGCAGAUUAUGGAAGUAGAGCAAAAAAAAAGUCACGUAUAUCGGCAUUUUUAAAGUUUACAUUGCAAAGUAACCUGAGCAGAGGCAGCAAAUUCCCCCCUCUUCGACACUUUUGGACAUUUUUGGAUUAAUAUUUCUCGGAAUUCGUGCAUUUUAGGUAUAGAGUGUCUCCGGCAGUUAUGCAAAUAAAACCAAUAAGAAAGGCCGCGUGGGCCGACUAUAUGAUACCCUACACCACUAUGCGCCUUUAGUAGAGCUCCCGUAACAAAAAAGGUUAUAUUGGGAAUUUAUGUGAAGUAGAUGAUACCAACUAUGAACCAAAUAACAUUGCUGUAUAGUGCAUGAUGUGGUGCACAAUAAAAUUGAUAAAGAUAAAGAUCGGGUAAAGAUAUGUGUAUGAGCUAUAUCCUAAUCUGAUCUCGAUAAAAUUUUACAGACGUAUUUUUGAGAGGAGCAGGGGAACUAUAAUUAUUCCGAUUUCUUCCAAAUUCGAUGAGCUUGCUUCUAGACUGAAUUCGAUUGAAUGUGCAUAAUUCAGAUAAUUUAGACUGAUACUGGCCACUUGGUGCACAAUUAACCCGAUAUCGGUUGAAGGUAUAUAUGGAGCUAUAUCUAAAUUUCCACCGAUUCUCACCAAUUCCAAAAGGUUUCGUCCUUGGACCAAACAAAUAUUGUUUGGAAAAUUUCAUCUCAAUCGGAUAGUAAAUGCUACCUGCAAAUACAUGAACAAGGUGAAAAUCUCAGGAAUUUUAACCCUCAAGCGAUUUAAGUCCUUUUGUUCCAAACUAUCUAUGGGCCUUAUCAACAUUUGGUCUAGGAAUCCAAAAACGCUUUGGGAGUUUAAUUUAAAGACGAGUACUAUCAAGUCCACUUGGCAGUUUCCACAACUCAGACUAGCUAAAGAAGAGUGAAAUUAUAAGAAAAUCCGCAGCGCAUUGAAAAAUUUGCUACAUUUGUUUAUUUCUGAAAAUAAACAAGGAUUUUUUAUUAACAAAAAUUGAUGCUAUUUUUUAUGGCACAAAUUUCUUUUGUUCAGACACUCACAAUGAAAUUAAUUCUUCCUUCGACACUUUCCAAAAAAAAGAAGUAUAAAGAGAGAUUUCGACAAAUGGCCAAUAUCAGUUCAAAUAAUCUGUCCCAAUUCAGUCUGAAAGCAUGUACAUCAAAUUUGGUGAAAAUCGGUUCAGAUAUAGUUAUAGCUCUCAUAAAUAUAUUUCAUCUGAUUUGGUGUUUAAAUCCAUGACGCAUUUGUAAUAAGCAUUCCAGAAGUAUGAUAUUUUGUAUCAGAUAUCAGACACAGACCAGCAAUUCCGGUUUUAAAUGUAGCUCCCAUAUAUAUCUUCGGCUGAUUUCAGGUUUACUGUGCAUCAGAUGGUUAAUAUCAAGCCAAAUGACUAGAAUUUUGUCACUUCCGACCUGUUAAUAUCAGUUCAAAUUACCUAAAUUUUAUCACUUCAGGCCGAUUUCAGUCUAAAAGCAGGUACUUAAAAUUUGGUGAAAAUCGGUUAGGAAAUAGUUAUAUCUGUCACAUAUAUCUUUCAUCCGAUUUUGGGCUUAAGUCCCUUACAUGCGUAAUAUGAACUCCACAAGAAUGAUAUUUGGUUUCAGAUUACUAGUGGAGCUCAAAAAUAUCUCUGUCAUAUAUAUAUAUAUAUAUAUAUAUCUCCAUCACUAUGGCUCCCAUAUAUAUCUCUAUCCGCUAUCAGGUUUAUUAUGCACCAAAAGGCUAAUAUCAGCUGAACUGACUGAAUUUUGGCAAUUCCGACUGAAUCCACCCUAGAAACAAAUACUUCAAAUUUGAUGAAAAUCGCUUCUGAUAUGGCUAUAGCUCCCAUAUAUAUGUUUCAUCCGAUUUGGUGUUUUAAUCCCUUCCAUUUUAAAUAUGCAAUGUAUAACAAUGAUUUUUGGUACCAGAUAAAUCAGAUAGAGCCCAGAAAGACCUUUGCCAAAUUUUAUAGAGAACGGCUCAAAUGUAGGUAUAACUUUUUCACAUUCAACUGAAUUUCUCCAUUUGGCGAAUCUCGGCUCCGAUAAAUAUGUUUUAAUAUAUUUCUUCGCGAAGUGAUAGUAUCCAUUGUAAAGCAAUGUUAUUCUGUAGGAGAGGUACAAAUUUUGACUUCAUACGAUCCUGUUUAAAGCGAGAUUUUAGGCAUAUUUAAAAAAGGACCAUAAAUACCCCUUUGUUGACUCGAGGGAGGAUUAAAAUUUUAAACUUUAAUAUUCCUCUUACUUUUAUCCGUAAUAUUGCAGAAGACACUAUAUACCUACAAUGCACGGAUUCCGAGCGAUCUUAGUCCGAAAAUUUCCAGAGGGGGGAUUUUGCCCCGAAUAUUUAGGAUGCAUUGUCAUUAAAACUCUCAAGGGGCCAAUAUUGGUGUCUUCUUUUUGCAGCUCUACUUUCGGCUGGUUUUUCCCCGAAAUUAUUGAAUUAUUGAACAUUGAAUUUUGUGGCACAAUAUAAUUUAAUAGGUAAUUCGAUUCAUGUGGCUUCCAAACUUCUUAUUUAUUGGUACACACAUGCUGUCUUAUUUAGAAAACCCGUACCCACAACAGUCUCAGUAUUUUCCAUUAUUUUUAAACUUAGAAAAUUAUUACAGUUGUUAACAGGUCUUAGAAAUGUAUAAAUUUUUGUAUGUAUAAUUUAUUAUUAAUUUAAAUACCUAAACAUUUAUUAUUUUUAUAUUUCUUAAUAUACUUUGUUACAUAGUUACGUUAAGCUAUACCCAUAAUAAGUAUUCUAAACGAAAAUAAUUGAAAAUAAAAACGAAAUCAAGAAAAAGAUGUCAACAAAUAACUCACAAAAGAGACAACAAAUAAUAAUAAAACAUUGUUAUAAAAUAAAAAGAAAAUGCGAAAUUAAGUGAAAUUUUUAAAACAACACACCCCAUAUACACUCACACACACUUUAACAGGAAUUACAGCAACAAAACAAGAACAACAAAAUCUUAGCUAAUUUAAUUCACGAAACAAAAUGAAAUGAAAUUGUUUUAACAAAUUAUUAUUCUAUACACAAAUAACAUCCCUUGGACACCGACCAGACAAAUAAUAACAGAAAUCCGAUUCCCAGAAUAUCCAAUAGAAAAUAAAGAAUUAUAUUUAUUGAAAAUAAAUUAA